AUGUUAUUUCUCAAUGAAAAGAACGUAGAUCCCAAUUUGGAAGAAGCUUUCAAUGAUCAGGAACUUCAAUGGAAAGUGCUUGUCUUAGAUGUUAAAAGUACGGCUAUAAUAUCAUCUGUUCUGCGAGUAAACGAUCUUUUAAAGGCUGGAGUGACUGUUCAUUCCCUCAUUCAGCAACGCAGAGCUCCCUUACCUGACGUUCCUGCCGUGUAUUUUGUUUCACCCAGCCAGGAAAAUGUCAACUUGAUUGUUGAAGAUCUGAAGGAGGACAAGUACUCGGACUUCUACGUCAAUUUCACUUCCACUUUAGAUAGGGAACUUUUGGAAGAUUUUGCAAAACAGGUGUCAUAUACCGGUAGAUCAAACAAGAUAAAACAAGUGUUCGAUCAGUACCUAGAUUUCAUCGUCACAGAACCCGAACUAUUUUCUUUAGAACUACCGGGUUCUUACCUUGCGUUGAACAAUCCAAGUUCUACCGAAGAAAUUAUUACACAUCUAUGUGACCAAAUUGCCGAUGGAUUAAUGAACGCUUUGAUGACAACCUCUUCAAUCCCAAUCAUUAGAGCUCCUACUGGUGGUCCCGCUGAAAUCGUUGCUGAGAAACUUGGGGCUAAGCUGCGCGACUAUGUCAUCAACACAAGAAACUCAAACAGCUCUAUGCUAGAGAAUGAAUCACUCGAGAGAUGUGUUCUAAUUGUGUUGGACAGAAAUAUCGAUUUUGCCUCGAUGUUUUCCCACUCAUGGAUUUACCAAUGUAUGGUCUUUGAUGUGUUCAAACUGACUAGAAAUACUAUCACUAUUCCAAGCAAAACUGAUGACGGUAAAGAAACGGAGAAGAGAUAUGAUAUUGAACCAAACGAUUUCUUCUGGAACGAAAACUCACAUCUACCUUUUCCAGAAGCAGCCGAAAAUGUCGAGUCAGCUUUGUCCGCCUAUAAGGAAGAGGCAUCUGAGAUCGCCAGAAGGACAGGUGUUUCUGAUCUAACCGAUUUGGAUCCUAACUCAAACAGUGACACAAUGCAAAUGCAAGAUGUCGUCAAAAGAUUACCACAACUUGCAGCAAGGAAAAGUAUUAUCGACACACACAUGAAUAUUUUUGCUGCUUUAUUGUCUCAACUCGAAAGUAAAUCUCUAGAUACAUUUUUCGAGGUUGAGCAAGACCCUGAUAAUUCGAAGACAAGAUCAAGAUUUUUGGACAUACUUAAAGAUGGGAAAACUAACAACUUAGAAGAUAAGCUGAGAUCUUUUGUCGUUCUUUACCUCACUUCAACCAAUGGUCUACCAAAGGACUUUGUAAAGGAAGUCGAGAAAUAUUUCACUGACAACGACUAUGAUAUUAGCGCUUUGAAGUAUGUUUACAAAUUGAGAGAAUAUAUGCAACUCUCCAACAGAACUUUGCAAAACAAAUCCUUGGAGGAUGGUAGUAACAAGACUGCUGCGGCUGGUAAUUUGUCUCUUUCAGGCCUGUAUGGAUUAACUGAAGGAAGGCUGCAAGGCGGUGUGGGCAGUUUGAUCUCUGGUAUCAAGAAGUUGCUACCGGAAAAGAAAACCAUUCCAAUCACGAACGUCGUUGAGGCCAUUAUGGAUCCACUUAAUAGUUCGCAAAAAAAUUUAGAGACUACAGACGGAUACCUAUAUUUUGAUCCUCGUGUUACUAGGGGUUCGCAUACUAAAAAGCCAAAGAGACAGUCAUACAACAAGUCUCUGGUCUUUGUUGUUGGAGGUGGGAACUAUUUGGAGUAUCAAAAUCUACAAGAAUGGGCUCAUUCUCAGUUACACAAUCCAAAAAAGGUUAUGUACGGAAGUACUUCAAUUUCAACGCCAGGAGAUUUCUUGAAAGAGAUAUCAGAACUUGGUACAGAUAAAUAA